GCUAAGCAUGGAAGGUCAGUGGUGUAAUCCGCGUAUGGAAUAUCACUGUAAAUGUACAUACACUGGAAGAGUCAAGGCUGUUGUGUUUGACUGGGCUGGUACUGUGGUGGACUGUGGGGUAUUUGCACCAGUACUAACAUUCGUCAAAAUCUUUAAAAAUGAAGGAGUGCCCAUCACAGAUGAAGAAGCUAGGGGGCCUAUGGGUACACAUAAGAGGGUUCAUAUCCAGAAAGUGUUAGAAAAUGAAGGUGUCAAAUCUCGCUGGGUAGCACACUAUGGUAAGCCCCCAACAGAAGCAGACAUUGACAGAAUGUAUAAACAGUUUGUACCAAUACAGUUGGAAAGUCUGAAAAAUUAUUCCAAUGUUAUACCAGGAACUCUAGAAGUAGUAGAAAAGCUACGACAAGAUGGAAUCAAAAUUGGAUCUUCAACAGGGUACCCCACACCUAUUGUUGACAUGCUGAAACCCAUAGCAACCAAACAAGGUUAUACACCAGAUUGUUACGUAGCCGCCGAUGAAGUGCCACAGGCAAGACCUUGCCCUUAUAUGGUAUGGCUCAAUGCUAUUAAACUAGAUGUACAUCCCAUUGAGGCCAUUGUCAAGGUUGAUGAUACUGUGGAUGGUGUGAAGGAAGGUAUCACUGCUGGCUGUUGGAGUAUAGGUGUCGCUAAAACAGGAAACUACGUAGCUGCAUCCGAGGAGCAGCUCAAGGAAAUGGAAUCUGUGGAAUUUGAACGUAGAAUGAAGAAUGCGUAUACUAAAUUGAUAGAUUCCGGCGCACAUUACGUUAUCGACAGUAUUGUGGACCUCCCAGAAGUUAUUGAUGAUAUCAACAGACGACUUGCCAGAGGAGAAAAACCAUAAACAGGGGGAGGGGGGAGGGAGUGCAUGGUAGCCACAAUGUCGUUUGAUAUGGGCCGUGUGACAACCACUGCAGUCUAUAAAAGUUGGAAGCUACGUUCCAAGAAAAUUGCAUGUCAUUGAUAAUCUAAAAUUUGCGGUGUUAUUUUUAGUCACUAGUAAAAGGCAUUCUGUCGCAUUACAAAAAAUAUAAUUACGGGUAUUGCUAUUAAAUGGUGAUUAUAGUGCAACACAUGCAUGGGUCGCUUAUAAAUCAGAUGUUCCUAAAACAGAUCAACUCUCGUUAAAUAGUGGGAAGAUAAAAAGAAGGUGGGUGGUUGUUAAAUAAAAGCAAUGUAUUUAUAAU